AAAGAGUGGCCGGCUGUUCCUAUCGCUGCUGAUCCUGUGUGCGCUGUGCACCAGAUGUGGGUGGAAUGAGGCUGCAGGAGCACCUGCCUCCCCAGUGGCUAUGAUGACUAAAUGAGGAGGCCCCUGUAGAGUGUACAGCGUUCACCCGGUGAUGGUGUGAUUGUAACAGCUGGGGUUGCUGGGACCCAGAGUAUCCACGGUGUGCAUGCACUUGAACUUCAGGAUUCCCUAUUUCCCUCUCAGGUGCAAGAGCUCUGGCGAGUCUGGAUCCCUACACAUGUGUGUCAGGUUCUGGAAACAUCUUCUCUCAUCUCCCCGUGAUGCCCAGGGGCUCCCCCAGCCUCUAGAAGCCACUGCUUGUCCAGGGCGCCAGCAGGACAAGCUGUUGUCAAGCCUGGAUUUGAUCCUAGGUCUGGUUGCUUCCGGAAUGCCCAGAUGGGCCUCUGCUGUUCCCUGAGCUUGCUGUCAGCAAAUGUUUGAUGGACUUUCUGGCCGAGACCAGCCAGUGGAGCUGCUGAAUCCUGCCCGCGUGAACCACAUGCCCAGCACGGUGGAUGUGGCCACGGCGCUGCCUCUACAAGUGGCCCCCUCGGCAGUGCCCAUGGACCUGCGCCUGGACCACCAGUUCUCGCUGCCUGUGGCAGAGCCCGCCCUGCGGGAGCAGCAGCUACAGCAGGAGCUCCUGGCGCUCAAGCAGAAGCAGCAGAUCCAGAGGCAGAUCCUCAUCGCCGAGUUCCAGAGGCAGCACGAGCAGCUCUCCCGGCAGCACGAGGCGCAGCUCCACGAGCACAUCAAGCAACAGCAGGAGAUGCUGGCCAUGAAGCACCAGCAGGAGCUGCUGGAACACCAGCGGAAGCUGGAGAGGCACCGCCAGGAGCAGGAGCUGGAGAAGCAGCACCGGGAGCAGAAGCUGCAGCAGCUCAAGAACAAGGAGAAGGGCAAAGAGAGUGCCGUGGCCAGCACAGAAGUGAAGAUGAAGUUACAAGAAUUUGUCCUCAAUAAAAAGAAGGCGCUGGCCCAUCGGAAUCUGAACCACUGCAUUUCCAGCGACCCCCGCUACUGGUACGGGAAAACGCAGCACAGUUCCCUUGACCAGAGUUCUCCACCCCAGAGCGGAGUGUCGACCUCCUAUAACCACCCAGUCCUGGGAAUGUACGACGCCAAAGAUGACUUCCCUCUUAGGAAAACAGCUUCUGAACCGAAUCUGAAAUUACGGUCCAGGCUAAAGCAGAAAGUGGCCGAAAGACGGAGCAGCCCUCUGCUACGCAGGAAAGACGGGCCAGUGGUCACUGCUCUAAAAAAGCGUCCGUUGGAUGUCACAGAUUCCGCGUGCAGCAGCGCCCCAGGCUCCGGACCCAGCUCACCCAACAACAGCUCCGGGAGCGUCAGCGCAGAGAACGGCAUCACGCCCGCCGUCCCCAGCAUCCCGGCGGAGACGAGUUUGGCGCACAGACUUGUGACGCGAGAAGGCUCGGCCGCUCCACUUCCCCUCUACACGUCGCCGUCCCUGCCCAACAUCACGCUGGGCCUGCCUGCCACCGGCCCUGCUGCUGGCACGGCGGGCCAGCAGGAUGCCGAGAGACUCACCCUUCCCGCCCUCCAGCAGCGGCUCUCCCUUUUCCCCGGCACCCACCUCACUCCCUACCUGAGCACCUCGCCCUUGGAGCGGGACGGAGGGGCGGCGCACAGCCCUCUUCUGCAGCACAUGGUCUUACUGGAGCAGCCGCCGGCACAAGCGCCCCUCGUCACAGACUGGUAUCUUUCAGGCCUGGGAGCACUGCCCCUCCACGCACAGUCCCUGGUUGGUGCGGACCGGGUGUCCCCCUCCAUCCACAAGCUGCGGCAGCACCGCCCACUGGGGCGAACCCAGUCGGCCCCGCUGCCCCAGAACGCCCAGGCUCUGCAGCACCUGGUCAUCCAGCAGCAGCAUCAGCAGUUUCUGGAGAAACACAAGCAGCAGUUCCAGCAGCAGCAACUGCACAUGAACAAGAUCAUCCCGAAACCAAGCGAGCCGGCCCGGCAGCCAGAGAGUCACCCAGAGGAGACGGAGGAGGAGCUCCGUGAGCACCAGGCUCUGCUGGACGAGCCCUACCUGGACCGGCUGCCGGCGCAGAAGGAGGUGCACGCACCAGCUGGCGUGCAGGUGAAGCAGGAGCCCAUUGAGAGCGAUGACGAAGAGGCAGAGCCCCCUCGGGAGGGGGAGCCGGGCCAGCGCCAGCCCAGUGAGCAGGAGCUGCUCUUCAGACAGCAAGCCCUCCUGCUGGAGCAGCAGCGGAUCCACCAGCUGAGGAACUACCAGGCGUCCAUGGAGGCUGCCGGCAUCCCCGUGUCCUUCGGCAGCCACAGGCCUCUGUCCCGGGCGCAGUCCUCACCGGCAUCUGCCACCUUUCCCGUGUCUGUGCAGGAGCCCCCCACCAAGCCGAGGUUCACGACAGGCCUCGUGUAUGACACGCUGAUGCUGAAGCACCAGUGCACCUGCGGGAGCAGCAGCAGCCACCCCGAGCACGCCGGGAGGAUCCAGAGCAUCUGGUCCCGCCUGCAGGAGACAGGCCUCCGGGGCAAAUGCGAGUGCAUCCGCGGACGCAAGGCCACCCUGGAGGAGCUGCAGACGGUGCACUCGGAAGCCCACACCCUCCUGUACGGCACAAACCCCCUCAACCGGCAGAAACUGGACAGUAAGAAACUUCUAGGCUCGCUCGCCUCCGUGUUCGUCCGGCUCCCCUGCGGUGGUGUUGGGGUGGACAGCGACACCAUAUGGAACGAGGUGCACUCGGCGGGGGCGGCCCGCCUGGCCGUGGGCUGCGUGGUGGAGCUGGUCUUCAAGGUGGCCACGGGGGAGCUGAAGAAUGGCUUUGCUGUGGUCCGCCCCCCUGGACACCACGCAGAGGAGAGCACACCCAUGGGCUUUUGCUACUUCAACUCCGUGGCCGUGGCAGCCAAGCUUCUGCAGCAGAGGUUGAGCGUGAGCAAGAUCCUCAUCGUGGACUGGGACGUGCACCACGGAAACGGGACCCAGCAGGCUUUCUACAGCGACCCCAGCGUCCUGUACGUGUCCCUCCACCGCUACGACGAUGGGAACUUCUUCCCGGGCAGCGGGGCUCCUGACGAGGUGGGCACAGGGCCCGGCGUGGGUUUCAACGUCAACAUGGCUUUCACUGGCGGCCUGGACCCUCCCAUGGGAGAUGCUGAGUACUUGGCGGCCUUCAGAACGGUGGUCAUGCCGAUCGCCAGCGAGUUUGCCCCAGACGUGGUGUUGGUGUCAUCGGGCUUCGACGCUGUGGAGGGCCACCCCACACCUCUCGGGGGCUACAACCUCUCCGCCAGAUGCUUUGGGUACCUGACGAAGCAGCUGAUGGGCCUGGCUGGCGGCCGGAUUGUCCUGGCCCUCGAGGGAGGCCACGACCUGACCGCCAUUUGCGACGCCUCCGAAGCAUGCGUUUCUGCCUUGCUGGGAAAUGAGCUUGAUCCUCUCCCAGAAAAGGUUUUACAGCAAAGACCCAAUGCAAACGCUGUCCGCUCCAUGGAGAAAGUCAUGGAAAUCCACAGCAAGUACUGGCGCUGCCUGCAGCGUGCAACCUCCACGGCAGGGCGUUCUCUGAUCGAGGCUCAGACCUGCGAGAACGAAGAAGCCGAGACGGUCACCGCCAUGGCCUCGCUGUCCGUGGGCGUGAAGCCCGCCGAAAAGAGACCAGACGAGGAGCCCAUGGAAGAGGAGCCGCCCCUGUAGCACUCCCUCGAAGCUGCUGUUCUCUUGUCUGUCUGUCUCUGUCUUGAAGCUCAGCCAAGAAACUUUCCCGUGUCACGCCUGCGUCCCACCGUGGGGCUCUCUUGGAGCAUCCAGGGACACCCGGCGUACAACAGCCACGGGAAGCCUUUCUGCCACCCAGGCCCACAGGUCUCAAGACGCACAUGCACACCUGGGCGUGGCAGCCUCACAGGGAACACGGGACAGAUGCCGGCGACGCGCAGACACACGGACACGCGCAAGCCAAGCACACUCUGGUGGGUCCCGCGAGGGGCGCCGUGGAGGAAAGAAGCCUGUGGCGACAGGCGGCCGAGCUGCCGAAUUCAGUUGACACGAGGCACAGAAAACGAAUAUCAAAGAUCUAAUAAUACAAAACAAACUUGAUUAAAACUGGUGCUUAAAGUUUGAUUAUUACCCACAACUCCACAGUCUCUGUGUAAACCACUCGACUCAUCUUGUAGCUUAUUUUUUUUUAAAGAGGACGUUUUCUACGGCUGUGGCCUGCCUCUGUGAACCAUAGCGGUGUGCGGUGGGGGGUCUGCACCCGGGUGGGGGAUGGAGUGACCUUUAAAGAAAACAAAACUGGACAGAAACAGGAAUGUGAGCCUGGGGGAGCUGGCUUGAGUUUCUCAAAGCCAUCGGAAGAUGCGAGUUUGUGCCUUUUUUUUAUUGCUCUGGUGGAUUUUUGUGGCUGGGUUUUCUGAAGUCUGAGGAACAAUGCCUUAAGAAAAAACAAACAGCAGGAAUUGGUGGGACAGUUUCCUGUGGCCAGCUGAGUCUGGCAGUGCUGGCACCGCGAGCUGGCCUGACGCCCCAAGCAUGGGCACCAGCCGUCAUCUCCGGGGCCAGGGGCUGCAGCCCGGCGGUCCCUGUUUUGCUUUAUCGCUGUUUAAGAAAAAUGGAGGUAGUUCCAAAAAAGUGGCAAAUCCCGUUGGAGGUUUUGAAGUCCAACAAAUUUUAAACGAAUCCAAAGUGUUCUCUUCUCACACGUCACAUAACGAUUGAACAUCUCCAUCUGGUCGUGAAGCAUGUGGUAGGCACACUUGCAGUGUUACGAUCGGAAUGCUUUUUAUUAAAAGCAAGUAGCAUGAAGUAUUGCUUAAAUUUUAGGUAUAAAUAAAUAUAUAUAUGUAUAAUAUAUAUUCCAAUGUAUUCCAAGCUAAGAAACUUGAUUCUUAUGAAAUCUUGAUAAAAUAUUUAUAAUGCAUUUAUAGAAAAAGUAUAUAUAUAUAUAAAGUGAAUGCAGAUUGCCGAGGUCCCUGCGAAUGGAUGGCUCUCAAGGUGCUUAUGGAAAGGGAUCCUGAUUGAAAUUCAUGUAUUUUCAAGCUCCAGAUUGGCUUGAUUUCAGAUCGCCAACACAUUCGCCACUGGGCAACUACCCUACAAGUUUGUACUUUCAUUUUAAUUAUUUUCUAACAGAACCCCUCCCGUCUCCAAGCCUUCAUGCACAUAUGUACCUAAUGAGUUUUUAUAGCAAAGAAUAUAAAUUUGCUGUUGAUUUUUGUAUGAAUUUUUCACAAAAAGAUCCUGAAUAAGCAUUGUUUUAUGAAUUUUACAUUUUUUCUCACCAUUUAGCGAUUUUCUGAAUGGUAAUAAUGUCUAAAUCUUUUUCCUUUCUGAAUUCUUGCUUGUACAUUUUUUUAACUUUCAAAGGUUUUUAAUUAUUUGUUUUUAUUUUUGUACAAUGAGUUUUCUGCAGCAUAUGGAAUUGUUGCCGUCAGAGUUUAUUUUCAGAAAGUUAGAGGAGGGACCGUAGGUCUUUUUGGAGUGACACCAACGAUUGUGUCUUUCCUAGUCUGUCCUAGGAGCUGUAUAAAGAAGCCCGGGGCUCUUUUUAACCUUCAACACUAGUAGUAUUACGAGGGGUGGUGUAUUUUUCCCCUCUGUGGCAGGGGCAGGGAGGGUCGCUUAGGAUGCCCGGCCACCCUGGGAGGCUUGCCAGAUGCCGGGGGCAGUCAGCAUUAAUGAAACUCAUGUUUAAACUUUUCUGACCACAUCGUCAGGAUAGAAUUCUAACUUCAGUUUUCCAAAGACCUUUUAAGCAUGUCAGCAAUGCAUGGGGCACACGUGGGGCUCUUUACCCGUUUGGGUUUUUCCACUGCAGCCACAUGGCCAGCCCUGGAUUUUGGAGCCUGUGGCUGCAAGGAGCCCAAGGACCCUUGUUGCCUGGUGAACCUGCAGGGAGGGUAUGAUUUCCUGACCAGGACAGCCAGUCUUUACUCUUUUUCUCUUACAGUAACUGACAGUCACGUUUUACUGGUAACUUAUUUUCCAGCACAUGAAGCCACCAGUUUCAUUCCAAAGCGUAUCGGGUUCAGACUUGUGGGCAGAAGUUCAGACACACCGUGCUCAGGAGGGACCCAGAGCCAAGUUUCGGAGUUUGGUAAAGUUUACAGGGUAGCUUCUGAAAUUAACUCAAACUUUUGACCAAAUGAGUGCAGAUUCUUGAAUUCACUUGGUCAUUGGGCUGCUGACAGUCAGCUCUGAGACAGUGGUUUGAGAGCAGGCAGAACGGUCUUGGGACUUGUUUGACUUUCCCCUCCCUAGUGGCCACUCUUUGCUCUGAAGCCCAGAUUGGCAAGAGGAGCUGGUCCAUUCCCCAUUCAUGGCAUAGAGCAGUGGCAGGGCCCAGCUAGCCGGCUCUUCUGGCCUCCUUGGCCUCAUUCUCUGCACAGCCCUCUGGGGAUCCUACCACCUGCCCUCUUACCCCGCCAUGGCUUAUGGGGAGGAAUGCAUCAUCUCACUUUUUUUGUUUUAAGCAGAUGAUGGGAUAACAUGGACUGCUUAGUGGCUAGGUUAUCAAUGGGGAGACUAAAUUCUAAUCUCAUUCAAAUGGAGACAUCCUCUGUGCAAAGACCUGGCAGGGGGAGGCACGUUUCAUCUGUCAGCUCACUCCAGCUUCACAAAUGUGCUGAGAGCAUUACUGUGUAGCCUUUUCUUUGAAGACGCACUUGGCCCUUCUCCACAGCAAGUGUCUGGGCAGAUGGCAGAGGAUCUGCCUCGGCAUCUGCGGGCAGGACCCCAUCAGGGAGGGUUCUUUCGUGUGCCCUCCCUGUGGGUCCUUGGACCUUUAGCCUUUUUCUUCCUUUGCAAAGGCCUUGGGGGCACUGGCUGGGAGUCAGCAAGCGAGCACUUUAUAUCCCUUUGAGGGAAACCCCAAUGACGCCACUGGGCCUCUUGGCGUCUGCCCUGCCCUCGCGGCUUCCUGCCGUGCUGCAGCGUGCCCACGUGCCCACGCCCCACCAGCAGGCGGCUGUCCCGGAGGCCGUGGCCCGCUGGGACUGGCCGCCCCUCCCCAGCGUCCCAGGGCUUCGGUUCUGGAGGGCCACUUUGUCAAGGUGUUUCAGUUUUUCUUUACUUCUUUUGAAAAUCUGUUUGCAAGGGGAAGGACCAUUUCGUAAUGGUCUGACACAAAGCGAGUUUGAUUUUUGCAGCACUAGCAAUGGACUUUGUUGUUUUUCUUUUUGAUCAGAACAUUCCUUCUUUACUGGUCACAGCCAUGUGCUCAUUCCAUUCUUCUUUUUGUAGACUUUGGGCCCACAUGUUUUAUGGGCAUUGAUACAUAUAUAAAUAUAUAGAUAUAAAUAUAUAUGAAUAUAUUUUUUUAAGUUUCCUACACCUGGAGGUUGCAUGGACUGUACGACCGGCAUGUCUUUAUAUUGUAUACAGAUUUUGCACGCCAAACUCGGCAGCUUUGGGGAAGAAGAAAAAUGCCUUUUUGUUCCCCUCUCAUGACAUUUGCAGAUACAAAAGAUGGAAAUUUUUCUGUAAAACAAAACCUUGAAGGAGAGGGGGGGGAAGUUUGCGUCUUAUUGAACUUAUUCUUAAGAAAUUGUACUUUUUAUUGUAAGAAAAAUAAAAAGGACUACUUAAACAUUUGUCAUAUUAAGAAAAAAAGUUUAUCUAGCACUUGUGACAUACCAAUAAUAGAGUUUAUUGUAUUUAUGUGGAAACAGUGUUUUAGGGAAACUACUCAGAAUUCAGAGUGAACUGCCUGUCUCUCUCUUGAGUUGAUUUGGAGGAAUUUUGUUCUGUUUUGUUUUGUUUGUCUCCUUUUAUCUCCUUCCACGGGCCAGGCGAGCACCGCCCGCCCUCACUGGCCUUGUGACGGUUUAUUCUGAUUGAGAACUGGGCGGACUCGAACGAGUCCCCUUUUCCGCACAGCUGUGUUGACUUUUUAAUUACUUUUAGGUGAUUUAUGGCUAAGAUUUCACUUUAAGCAGUCGUGAACUGUGCGAGCACUGUGGUUUAAAAUUAUACUUUGCAUCGAAAGGAAACCAUUUCUUCAUUGUAAUGAAGCUGAGCUUGUUCUUAGCUCGGCCUCACUUUGUCUCUGGCAUUGAUUAAAAGUCUCCUAUUGAAAGAAAAAGAAAGCGAACAGUUUUUGUUUGUUUGGUUUUUUUGCUGUGUGUGCUCCAUAGUGGAGGCGCUAUUUUCCAAUUGAUGAGAAUGACAAACAUAUAUAAUCUAUCUACCUAUCUAUCUAUCUAUCUAUCUAUCUAUCUAUCUAUCUAUCUAUCUAUCUAUCUAUAAAGGGGGCUUGAACCUUACUCACCCAAGAGCUUCUUACGGAAUGUGGUAGAAAACCAAGUUGUAACGACACUGUAACCUACUUGAUGCCUGUUCGCGCCCGGCGUGAGCUCCGCACUGGCCGUGGCCACCAUUCGCCUCUGUAAUUUAAUCCGUUUCUCUUGGAUUGUCUGGACGUGCCCGACGGUUCUUUCUUUUGCUCAGUGGAGUUGGAGGUUUUGUGUUUGGUUUUCUCAUUCUUGUCUUGUUUUGUGUGGGUGGAUUUUCACUGACCAAUGAUAACCUCUUCUGACGGUCAACUUCUUUCCACUUCACUGGAGUCCAGUAUUCUGUACCACAUCACGCAAUGUGUUACUCUUGUGGUGUAAAUAAAGACUGCGUUACUUGCC